AUGACCACCAGAUCGUCAAACCCGCUCUGGGUCCUGCAGAAGACAGUCCUUGUUUACACACCCGAUUUCAAGGCUUGUUGUUCUGCUCGCCUUCGUAUUGCCCACGAUAAAACCGCCAACCGAGGAUCUAUCUCCCUUCGGUUUACGGCAGAGCUUGCUAACUUGAGCGGCAGAUCACAGGUGCUGACGUUGAAUAUCCCACCAGAAAUAGUCGAAAAAUGUGAAUUAGCCCGGAUAAGCAACGUCGGCCUCUGUUCAUCUGAUUUGCUCCCCAAGCUCCCGGCGCCCGUGACCAACCUUUCGGCCGUCUCAACACUGAGUCUGAUACUCAAUAAGACUGGUCGUUUUCUUUGUCCAUCUGGGGUAGAGUCUUUAAGUCCAGCCAAUCAAGAAGACUUAGAUCUUGACGCAUUUGCGAAGAUCUGUCAAUCUACAUCUCUUCGUCUACACUUUUCCAAACGACAAUUCGUGGAAAAAGAACUUAAUCAGCUAGAAUUUUUCUCGGGUGCUCUCCGGAGUCUUCAGGCAGAGCAUUUUGACUACGCUCGGCAUGGCGUGGUGCAGAAAGAUUGGCCCUUCAGUUUGUUGCUCGAUCCACCCCCGUAUUCUGAGGAGCGGGUCUCCGACCGGGUGAAGCAGGUGGAUCCACCCCUGUAUUCUGAGCAGUCUGAGCAGGCGGUUGGAAAACGGCCCAGAGACCUAUGGUCAAUGUCACCUGACGAUGAAAGACGAAAAAGACUGCUCCUUACAUCCCCUGAACCACUAGGCUCUCCCACGGAAGUCAAUACACCGAGUACUACACACUCCCCGUCGGCCUCAAUCCGUCCCACGUACUUUACGCAUACUUCCUCCCCUGGCCGCACAAAGCGUAACAGACUUGCGCGCCUUGAAGAUGAACUUCGUGGUGCUUCCGAUGACUGGAUCCGCCAACUUUUAAUCCGAUUAGGACGGGAACAUCUGCUGGCCACACCACAAGAUGUAGACAGUGACCGGCCAUCCGAGUCUGAGAAAGUUAGAUUUGCCAAUGUUGGGAUGAUGGAGAGCCACCUUAAACAAUAUGUCGAUGAAAUGAUUGAGCGCCGUCUCAAAUCACAUAUUGUCGACGAGAUUGUCGAUAGAGCCGUGAGCGAGUGUCGUGAACAGAUCUUCGACGAAUGCAAAAUGCAUGAAGCCGGACUGGGUGAAAAGGUCGACGACGCUAACUCCGAGAUACACAAUACGGCCAAUGAGUGUAUGAAGGAAAUAGAAGCACAAGCGCAAAAGCACAUGGGCGACAUAGAAGAACACGCGCAACAGUACAUGAAUGAUAUCGAGGAUCAGGGAGUCGAGAUCGAAAUGUCCGCGGAGAAAAAUGCCGCCAAGCUCAAGCGCUGGUUCAAUUCUGCCCAGUCCCUACUUGAUAGCAAGUCCGAGCCGGGCACGAAGGCUAGACGCAUUUCCAUUUGA